GGAUACAAUUAGUCCCAAAAUGUUUUUAAAAUAAAAUAUUAACAUAUUUAGUCUUAUUUAACACUUUUCUAGGAGUAAGUUCAAAUCUCUAAUAUGAUAUUUAGUUCUGACACUUUAUAUUUUAACUUUUAUAAGGAAUUGGAAAUGACAUCCAUAACUGACUUCCUGCCUAAAUGAAUAUUGUUUUUCUACACUUAAAUAGGAAUAGGAAUAUUUAUCUUCAAUCUUUGUCAGAUGUAAGUUAUUACACUGAAAUUGGCUGGGGGGUGCAAGGCGAGUGGAUGGACUAGAGAAAAUCGUUCUUUAAGACCCACAUUGAAAUCCUGCACAAAGUAGCAAAAAAUCAAGAGUAAUACCUAGGUUAGAAUUGUUCAAACUGUCAGAAAAUCUUUGAUGAAAUCAAUUUAUUUAUCCAUUCUGAUUCAGUUUUACUGCACCUGCGUUGUUUGCUUGUGCUCUGCCUCUACAUAGUGGCCCUUUGAAAACUCAGGAAGUGUCACUAUUCACAGGGCUCAACUUUGGAUGUGGUGUUGUUAUGAAAAGCCAAGCUUGGGUCAUGGAUGGAGGGACUUUGUGGUUUGGGUUUUAUUGAAAUUAAUGUCCAUAAAUGUUCUUUAAUCUGUAUUGAAAGCAAAGAAUACAAUUGCUGCUCACUCAUGUAUUUUUUCCAUAGAAUAGUUUUAAGAUGUGCUGUCUUGGUUGUUGUAUAAGGAACUUCUUUUAUGAGAGGAACCACAUCUGGAUUUAAUAAUCCUGUCUGACCCUGGGGACACUUACUUCAAACUAACUUUAUCCCUUUUUCUUUAAAAUGUAUGAUUUAGUUUGAUAGCACUAAUAUUUUCAAAUACAAGAGUCUGCAGCAGAGUUUAGUUGAGUGCCAUACUUUCCUUUUACCCAAGCAGGUAAAUAUGGUUUGCCUACACUGGUUAAUGUAUAAUAGUAGGUGAAGCCUGGGGUUGAGAGGUGGGUGGAGAAAGAAGACAUAAAAUGGUCCUUUCCUUUUGUGAGGAAACUGAAAUGUUGUCAGUAUGUAACAGUUAUGAGAGUGCCCUACAAUAUUAUGAAAAUACACUACACCUACACAACAGCUAUAGUAUCAGCCAAAACCACAAGUGAGACAAGGUGGGUGAGAACCAUAUUACCCACCUUGCCUUUCUAAUACCCUGGGACCAACAUGACUACAGCACUACAAAACCAAAAGUGUUUAGGUAAGUCAUGAUGUAAAAGUGAAUUAAGUCAUUUGAAAGUGCUAGGAUACUACAAUGAUGAGGGGCUAAUCAAGUACCUAGAUACUUUUGAUACUUACCUUUCCAAAUGUUAAUUGUGAAGAAAAUAAGGAAGUGGUAAUAUAACUAUAGAACAUACAACCAUACACUGUUGUGUAGAUUCUUCUGUAACCAGUUGUAAUCUCGUACUUCUGAAAUUGCAGUUACUAAAAUGAAAUGUACGGUGUUUACUGUCAUUUCUAGGCUGCUAAUCCAUAUAACUUGCAGUAACACAUUCCCAUGUCUGAUAAUAUCUGGUACAGCAGCUGUCCGACCCACCGUGCGGAACUAGUUCAAAGCAUGUUGUAAAAGGAAGAAUAGUGAAGUACUUGUGCUGAAUGAAACGAAGUAUAAACUUAUUCUGAUACAUUUCAUGUAGAUGAGGUGUGCUUCUUCACCCCCAUAACUCCUUAUUCUCAGUAUGUUUUCUUCUUUAGACAGCUUAAUGGUUUUGGUGUGAGGGGUAUUAGUGAUUUGUCAAAAAUAAAAAAAAAUAUUUGUGGUUAACUGGUUCUGCAGUUAAAAUCUCAUUCUAUAAGUGCAACUAAAGAAAAAGUACAGAAAAGCAAAAAUUAGUGUGGAUUGUUACUGGUAUGUGUUUUAGCAGAGUGAGUCUUUAAUAACUCUUGAAAUUUAAGUUCUGCCAUCAGUGUCCUGAGAAGAAGAGCUCUGUGUAUGCUUGAAAGCUUGUCUGUCUUACCAAUAUAAGUUGGUCCAAUAAAAGAGAUUACCUCACACACCUUGUCUCUCUAAUAUCCUGGGACCAACAGAUACAGCAACACUGUGCACUAAAUUAUGUCAGUCUUCAGCUGUCAAACCAUACUGAAUUUUUGCAGUGGGAAAAUAGCCGAUUUCUAAAAUAGGCUGUACUUUUAAAAUUAAUUCUUGUAAUGACCCGAUAGUUCAGUUUUUCUCUUUGAAGAAGAUAAUUUUAGGUGAAGAGUUAGCUGUAUGGUGUUAUAAAAUUCAGGCUGUAGUUAAAUAUUAGCAGCUUAGAGGCAAAAAGAAAUCCAAGGGAAGGCUGAGGUUAAUUAUCAUGAUCUGUGGUGUCUAAAAUCACAUGUCCUCUUCUAGUGUAGAUAUUUUCUUGUUUGUAAAUAGGGCAGGUCUCCUGUAUAAAGACAGUGUUUGUAUUCACACCCAAUGAACAAACACCUCCACCCACUGUUGUUGUUUAAAAAACUCCAGCUGCUCAUGAAUAUAGGGUCAGAGAGGGCCGCCUAAAUGUUUCUCUGUGCUUUUUCUCCAGCACAGCCAGCAGAGCUGUUUCCUGUUCUUUGUUUCAAGGCUGGGGUUUGCGUCAUACAUUCCAAGUGGCAUAUGUGUGCUCUUUCCUGUUUCAGGCUGUUUUUUUAAGUAGACCAGUAGCCCAGUCCAGGCCCCUUGUCACUGCCCUGCAACUCCCAGUCCCCACCCAGUGAGUUAUCAUGUCUCUACACACUCACGAUUGCUUAAGUUGCCUGUGUUAUGUCAGCAUGAGAAGUCUGAGUUAACCUUUAACACACUCUAUACUCCAAUAUAUUUACAUGGGUGAAUAAUGAGUUUCAUUCCCUUUUCUUAAAACUUGUUUGACUCUAAAAAAAAAAAAAUUGAGUCUGAGUUCUCCUCUCACCCGUGCCAAUGUAAGUCUGGAAUAAUUCCAUUAAAGUCAAUGGAGUUGCAGUGGUGCAAUACCAGUGCAAGUGAGAAGAGAAUCCAGCCCUGUAUAUUCGUUUAUGUGAAAACCUGUUGGCUUCUCCCCACAUCUGUUCUGAAGAUACCAUCAUGAUCAUUUUCUGUUCCAGUUCUGAUCAAGAUUAGAAUUGUACCAUUUUUUUUCGAAGGGAGGAAAUAUCGUACUGUUACAUGAAUUCAAGGAUCCGUACUCUUCCAGAUUUAAUGCAGGAAAAUGAGAGACUUAACAACUUUCUUUGGAUUAAAUGGAAAUAUAAAGUGUAAGAAUUAUUUUAAGUGAACACACAAGCUAAUAAUUUUGCUAAACAAAAAAUUAAUCUAGGUUUGCCAGGCAUCUGGUUUUAGACUGGAAUGUCCAGUUGAAAAGGGACCCUGCGGCUCUGGUUGGCACUGCCACGCACGCCAAAACUCUCAUCCCGGGACCCACUCCAGAGCCCACACCCCUAACCAGAGCCCUCACACACCUCUGCCCCAGCUUGAUGAAAUCCAGGACGACAUAGCAUCAGAAGAUUUCAGUGAAAAGAUGCUAAUGUUUGACCCAGUCCCUAUCAAGCAAGAAGCCAUGGAACCUAUUUCAGUGUCAUACCAGUCCAGUUACAUGGACCAAAUGAAGCCAAACAAAUACAGUGUCAUUUAUCCUACCCCAAAUAUGUUGCACAAUAAAUUCUAUCAACCCCCAGAAGGACUAUCUAAUGGAAUCCAAAUGGAGCCAGUUGACCUUACAGUGAAUAAACGAAGCUCACCACAUUCAGCUGGAAGUUCUCCUUCUCCUCUGAAAUUUCAGACUGUACAUAGAAGAGCCUCACCUGGAUUAACUUUGUCCUCACCCAGCCCACCUAUGAAAAAAUUCACCCCACCACCUCCCCCAGGAGUUCAACCUUUUUCCAUGCCAUUAACAAUCCCUCCAGUAAUGGCUGCUCUUUCACGUCCUGGACUUAGGAGCCCUGGAAUACUUCCAAUUAUACAGCCACUUGUGGUCCAGCCUGUUCCUUUUAUGUAUGCUCCACAUCUCCAGCAACCUAUAAUGGUGUCUACUGUUCUUCCAGAAGAGUUGGAAAAUCCAAGUAGCAUGCCAGUGCCUGUAAUUGAAUCUUAUGAGAAGCCCACAUUAAAGAAAACAAUCAAAGUAGAACCAGGAAUUGAAUCGCCUGGGACUGAGUUCUAUCCUGAACAAAUGUCUCCUCCAAUGAUGACCUCUUUGUCUCCUCAGCAAAUAAUGUUGCAAGAGAAUCACCCUUCAGUUAUAGUUCAGCCGGGAAAGAGACCUUUACCUGUGGAAUCUCCAGACACACAAAGGAAACGCAGAAUACACAGGUGUGACUACGAAGGUUGCAACAAGGUCUAUACUAAAAGCUCCCACCUAAAAGCUCACAGAAGAACGCAUACAGGUGAAAAGCCAUACAAGUGCACCUGGGAGGGAUGCACGUGGAAGUUUGCUCGUUCUGAUGAACUAACACGACAUUUCCGGAAACAUACCGGAAUCAAACCCUUCCAGUGCCCGGACUGUGACCGUAGUUUCUCACGCUCGGACCAUCUUGCUCUCCACAGGAAACGCCAUAUGCUAGUCUAAAUGUCUCUUGUCCCUCAACUGCCCAUCACGCUUUCUUUUUUACGUGUGCAUUUUAAUUUGGAUUCAGCUGGUCUGAAUCUCUGCACUUACACAAUUAAAAGGUUCCAUAUGGUCAGUAAUAGAUGUUAUCUAACCCUGCUAUGUCCUUGCCACGGGUCAGACCUAAAGAAUGUGAACAUUUUUUUUUCUAGGGAUGCUAAGCAAACCCUUCCUACAGACAGUAUGUGUAAUGUAUUCCUUUGUGAAUAAGGGAAUUUGUAAACUAGCAACUUUGUUGGUUUUGCUAUAUAAUCAGCCAGCAUAAAUUGAUCAACUAGUAAAUGUUAUUGAAUAUCCA